UAUAAAAAUACUGUGGCAGCCUCGGCAAGGCACUCCAGGGCUCAGCAACAUGGCUCCCAAGCUGGUGAUCCUCCUCGCUCUGUCGUUCGUGGUGCAGAACGCGUACGCGUCACCCCUAUUUUUUGACUCGAUAGGGAAGAUUAUAGACGAUGUGGCGAAGGGUAUUCAAGACGCUAUGGAUGACGUUGCUAAUGGCAUAGACAACAUUGUGCAUGGAGGCACCACCACCAGCUCGACUUCUGCACCCACCACGAGUACCACCGUCACAGAGGUCACCAGCACCACUGUCUCUGAUGCCACUACCCCCAGUGCAGCCACCACGAGUUCAACCGCAGACGUCACAAGCUCUGCGACAACCUCUGCUGCAACUACUGCAAGUUCUUCUGCCUCAGAGGUCACAACCUCUGCGACUGCGUCUGAUGCAACUACUGCCACUGAAACUUCAGCUGGUACUACUGCCACAGUUGUAACAAGCUCUGUGACUGCAUCUGAUGCAACUACUGCCACUGAAACUUCAGCUGGUACUACUGCCACAGUUGUAACAAGCUCUGUGACUGCGUCUGAUGCAACUACUGCCACUGAAACUUCAGCUGGUACUAGUGCCACAGAUGUAACAAGCUCUGUGACUGCUUCUGAUGCAACUACUGCCAGUGAAACUUCAGCUGGUACUACUGCCACAGAUGUAACAAGCUCUGUGACUGCGUCAGAUGCAACUACUGCUACUGAAACUUCAGCUGGUACUACUGCCACAGAUGCAACAAGCUCUGCUACUGUAUCUGAUACUACCGCUGCUGCAACUUCUUCAGGUGCUACUGUAUCAGAUGUUACGACUUCUGUAACUGUCUCCGAUGGUACGACCACUGUUGGACUUUCUAAAACUACUGCGCCAGCUGUCUCCAGUACUGCUACCUCUGCUACUACAAGCACUGCUUCAACUGCCACGGGUACUACUGCUUCAGAUGUCACCAGCUCGGCUACUGCCUCUGAAGCUACUACCUCUGCUGACACCUCAUCAAGUACUGAAGUCUCUGACGUCACCAGCUCGGCUACUGCCCCUGAAGCUACUACCUCUGCUGACACCUCAUCAAGUACUGAAGUCUCUGACGUCACCAGCUCGGUUACUGCUUCUGAAGCUGCUACCUCUACUGACACCUCAUCAAGUACUGAAGUCUCUGACGUCACCAGCUCGGUUACUGCUUCUGAAGCUGCUACCUCUACUGACACCUCAUCAAGCACAGUCUCAGAUGUCACCACCUCGGAUGCUGUCUCGGAAGCCAGUACCUCUGCUGACACCUCAUCAAGUACUGUAGUCUCUGAUGUCACCAGCUCGGCUACCGCCUCUGAAGCCACUACCUCUGAUGACACCUCAUCAAGUACUGUAGUCUCCGAUGAGACCAGCUCGGCUACUGCCUCUGAAGCUACUACCUCUGCCGAUACCUCAUCAAGCACCAUCGUUUCAGACGACACCAGCUCGGUUACUGCCUCUGAAGCCACUACCUCUGCUGACACCUCAUCAAGUACUGAAGUCUCUGACGUCACCAGCUCGGCUACUGCCUCUGAAGCUGCUACCUCUGCUGACACCUCAUCAAGUACUGUAGUCUCAGAUGUCAGCAGCUCAGAUACUGCCUCUGAAGCCACUACCUCUGCUGAAACGUCAAGCACUACAGUCUCAGAUGUCACUACCUCUGCAACGACCGCCGCAGCUGCAAGCACUGCCAGCAGCGAUUCAUCUGAUGAUUCUUCGUCGGGACUUGGCGGCUUCUUUGAUGCUAUAAAGAAAGCUAUCGAGGACGCCAAGAACGUCGCAGAGAACAUAAUCCAGGACAUCAUUGACACUGUAGGAGAUAUAACUGAGGAGAUCGUCGAGAAAGUACAGGACUUUGUAAAUACCACUCAGUCCCAGCUGAAAGACAUCCAGUCGGCUGUCGAAAAUUCGAUCGCCAGCGUGUCUUCAGAGCUGGCGAGCCUCGCGUCUGGGGCCGUGUCGGCCCUGGAGACGGUGGUUGCGGACCUGGCCACGCUGACGCUGAACAACAUCGAGCAGGCCGAGGAGGACAUGGAGGCUGCCAUCAACGCCACGCAGAAGCUCGCAGCCGCCGCCAGCGGCUUCGCUUCUAGCGCCGUCACCGACGUCGUCAAUUCCAUCGAGGGGGCUCUGAACAACACGGAGUCGCUGUUCGACAGUCUCAAGACGAAGCUGAAAAGCAGCAGCAGCAGCUCGUGAGCGGAGCAGCCAACAGGACGAGCGGCAGGCAGUCUUGCGGCGUACGACUUGUUACGUCUCCGGAAGUGCCAGUUUCUCCACUAUAAGAACUUGUUGUUGAUUAUGCCGCAGUGAAAUAAAGUACGGUUCCAAUAUCA